GCAUCUGCGCAGUACGUCCUUCUUCUUCUUCUUCUCCUUCUUCUUCCUUUUUUUUAACCCUCCCAUUCAUAAAAACUCAUUUCCCCCCCUCGGCCGCUGCAACAACGUAUCCAAAAGCCUGCGUCCGCACCGCAGUAGUCUACGCACGAGCGAGUGGACUAGUGCCCGGGAGAUCCGCUCUGCCUCGGCCGCGCUACUUCCACCAUUUCUGGGGACUAUCCUUUAGCUCGGACUGUACCAGCAGCACCUACGCGCCAACGUCGCACACGCCAGGGAGGACAUGAGCUCCUUAGUCUGAAAAACGGUAUUGCCCGAUGCUGCUUUAGAGUCCAGACAGCUGCUGUAUGCAAGGCACCAGCCUACACAUGGAGUCCAGGGUUCCUCACCACAUUCCCGGGGUGUCCUCCUCCCUCAUAUCUCAGCCUCUGUUGGAUAGUCGGGUGCCCUACGGCCGCCUGCAGCAAUCCCUCACAGUCUACCCCAUUGACCAGAUGAGGUCCUCGCAUGUGGAGAAUGAUUACAUUGACAGUCCCGCUGUGGUCUCUCAGCAGCCCCCUGGGCAGAAGGCUGCCAACCACAGAAUGACAUGGCUGAGCCAGAGCCAGGAGGCCAUUGUAAGUGCAAACCACAACCACCAUCACAGUCAACAGCAGCACCACCACACACAGAGCAGGUGUGAGCCCCACCCGCACCAGGAUGCCACCACCCACCCUUGGAUCUCAUUCAGCGGGAGGCCGAGCUCUGUCAGCAGCAGCAGCAGCACCUCGUCCGAUCAGAGACUGCUGGACCAUGCUGCACCCACCCCGACGGUAGACCACCACCCCACCCUGCACCCUCACCAGGGUUCCCUGAAUACUGUCACCGCCAGGACCCCGGGCUGCCUCAACACCUCUGAUCCGAAAAUCCUCACUACCACCACCUCCUCUUCUUCUUCCUCCCGCUCCUCUUCAUCAAAGUCGCUUGACCUCAAGUCUGUGAAGGCGACUGGAGAAAGAGGAGGGGAUGGGGGACGCACGUGCGCCUGCCCGCCAGUGUCGGCACUGAUCCCCUCUUCCCCUGCUGAGAAGAAGCACCUCUUCCUCUGUGAGCGUUGUGGGAAGUGCCGCUGCACGGAGUGCACGCUCCCCCGGACCCUGCCCUCCUGCUGGGUCUGCAACCAGGAGUGCCUGUGCUCCGCCCAGAGCCUGGUGGACACAGCCACCUGCAUGUGCCUGGUCAAAGGGAUCUUCUACCACUGCACCGAGGAUGAAGAUGAUGAGGGAUCCUGUGCUGACAAGCCCUGCUCCUGCUCCCAGGCCAAUUGCUGUGCACGGUGGUCCUUCAUGGCUGCCCUCUCCCUGGUCCUGCCUUGCCUGGUUUGUUACCUGCCGGCCAUGGGCCUGGCCAAACUGGGACAGAAGUGCUAUGACAACGUGAGCCGACCCGGCUGCCGUUGCAAGACCUUGCAGGGUGGAGGAGUCGCUGGGUGCAAAAUGGGAGGUGUGGACACAAAGGCGGGGAAUCAGGAGAAGCAGGGGUCAUGAUGCUGGACUGGACCGGCCAGCAGUGGCCUUGUAGAAAUGGGGACAGACCUGUACCAUGCUUGCUCACUCUUAAUGGAUAGGACAAUCCAAAACCACCUUAUACUCCCCUCCUUAAUCUGCUGGAAGAUGACUCAUGUAAAACAAAGGUACUUAGAUUAUGUCUUUUUCAACCUGUUUGGAAAAGAGGGUGAUUGGAAUAAGCAUGAUCUGAGAGGUAUCAGGUCCUCUGUCUGUUGGCUGACAGACAGACCCUCAGAGAUUUCUUUUACUUUUUUGUGAAAGUGACACAAAAAGGGGAAGUGACUGGAUAGUGGGACUUGUUUUUUUUUUUCAAAGAUGGCUGAAGGCACAAAGUCAUUGUCCCUCUCUGCUGCUCUGUAUUUCCCAGCUAAUUUUGCCAUGGUAACUAACAGAACCUAUUUGCUUAUUGUCUACAAACAUAGUUUUAUGUUGGAGAGAAAUUUGUACACCUCUUCCCCCAAGAGCAUAUAUAGCCCAGUUUCCCGUUUGAACGAACAAACAAGCAAACAUGUGAUUACUAUAGAGUGGCUUUAGGAUAGGCCACUGUAAGAGUGAAACUACUAUUUACUUACUCACUCUCUCCACUAUUAUGAUGACCACCAUCCUUUAGUGACGCCAGUCAUCUUAUCUUAUAGCUUGAUGAUGCUAGCUUGGUGUUGCUAACAUUUUAUCUUUUUUUUUUUAUCUCCGUGUAGGAGAUAUAUAAACAAACCUUUUUUCAGGUUUCAAAAUUGCAGUAAAAAAAAUAAAAAUAAAAAAUCACACUCCACGUCCGAAAGAGGUAAUUACUUUCAAGUGUGUUUUUGAUGCAGGAGUGAAAACCCAGAUAUGCUAGAUAGAUUUACAAUGCUGUUUAUUUUCGCCAAUCAACUCUGAGGUAAUGCAUGUCACGACUUGCAUGCUCUAAUGUAAUUGGUUCCCCGCCGUGCUAGAAGUUGAGAUGAUAUAGAAAAAUGGGAGGGGGGGGGGGAGCGCACCAAACCUUCUCAGGGACUGUUACAGUAAUCCCCCAUAGAACUUGGCCUACACCCGUGCUGAUUUCUAAACUGCCUAAGAGCCUGGGUCCACAUUUCUCUUCACAUAUGAAGGCAAAGAAACGUUUAUGGGCAAAAAGGCAAUAGUAAUAAAUAAAUAAAUAAAAUGAGUAAGCUUAGUAUGAGACAAAAUGGCCAGAAGAUAACUUUUCCGGAAGAGAAGGGAUGAGUGAGUGAAUGAGUGAGAGAGUGAUGGAGAGGGGAGCAGAGUAAAGUUGUUGUCGUUAUUGUUGUUUUUGUGUAUGACUCUAGCCAGCCUUAGUCAUAAUCAAACCUGCCACUUGCACAGCCUUUUUGAGAAGACACAGACCCCUCAAAAGAUGGACUAAAGCACAGUAUUAACCACCAUGACUACAUAUAUCUCAUUUUACUUUCAUGUGAAUAAUGUUUCGUCCACACAACCCAAAAUCCCUAUGGAGACAUAUACACACAACACACACCAGUGUCUACUUUUAUUUUAAUUUUUAAUCCUUAUGGUGCAUAGCUGAGGUAUUUAAUCAGAUAAUCUUUUUUUGUGUGUGUCAGAGUCUAUUUUUGUGGCCUGCAUGAUGUUUUUAGGAGUUUGCCAAAGGAAGCUAGCAUAGCAUGUUUUUGCUGUCAGAGUGAACACAGUUGUUAUGCAUUCUUGCCAAAUGGAGUUAAUGGCAGUUAGUCUUUAAUGGCACGCUGCCCUUUAGUACAGUUAGCCUUUUCCAUUUGGCAUAAAAAGGAUACUGUUUUUGUCGCUCCGUAACGUACACAUUCUUUUCCACAUUGGACCCUUAGCUUGGGUUAGCCCUCAACUUGCUUGUAAGUUAACUUAGCUCGUUGCACAAAGCUGAUUUCACACAGAAAAAAACACUGUCCUUUGUCUUGAAUGUAUGAGGCAAUAUUUUCAAAAAUUAGCAAUUCAGUCUAAGAGAAAGGUGCCAAAACCAGGAAUGAUUGUGUGACUCGGCAAACGCCCAGUUUAGGAGGUAGGGGAACAAAAAUCGCAAAUGUUUUGACAAUACAUUUAGAAAUAGAGCUAUGCAGGUGAAAUGUUAUUUGCUGUAAAUAGUCACAAAAUUUGUGUUCUUUAGAAGAGACUUUUAAAUGUCCUUGAAAGAUUGCAUGGUACAUUAUAACUACAAUUCAGUACAAAAUAUAUAGAGAAUAUAUUAGAUAUAUAUUUUGAGGGUAUGAAUAAGAUGUUAUUGAGGUUGUAAGUCCCAGCAGGGCUUAAAGACAAGGGGAAGGGUGGAGAGAGGAAGGUUCAGGAAGGGGGUGAGGGAAAAAAAACAGAUCUUUCUAUCACAAGCACUUGACUUAGAAGUGUGUCUGGCAAUAACAAAUAAAAUAAAUCUACUGUUUAUGGUAUCCAUGGUUCAUUAGCAGUCAAGAGGCUAAGCUAAUUCUCUGGUUCCUCCUUGAGCCCUUUAGACUAUGGAACACGAUAUAUCCCUAUCCGGAUCAACCCAUUUCCUGCUGUUACCGCUCAGUGUUUCAGCUCUCGCUCUCGCUCUCGCUCUCGCUCUCUCUCUCUCUCUCUCUCUCUCUCUCUCUCUCUCUCUCUCUCUCUCUCUCUCUCUCUCUCUCUCUCUCUCUCUCUCUCUCUCUCUCUCUCUCUCUCUCUCUCUCUCUCUCUCUCUCUCUUUCUCUCUCUCUGCAGCCCUUCUCACCAAAGUUGUCCAACAAAUACCCAUAGCCUUGAUUGACAAACACAGCUGCUGUGCAUAAACUUGUCAUACCACAGAGGAGGGAAAGAAGAGUUAUCUCUCCUUCCUUUUUCACUGUCUUUCUUUUUUAUUUCUUUUUCUCUCAAGCUGCAUUCAAUGCCUUUUUUCAGUAAUAGAUGUCUUUUCUCUGUAUUUGUUUUCUGCCUUUUCCCCUCACUGCCACACUAUCACUGUAUGAGUCCAGUUCUUUGCUCCAUGUUAGCUUUACUGUCUUAUCUUGUGCUAGCUAGCCUGCUAAAGGUAUGGAAUAAUCACCAACAGUGACAACUCAAUUAUGAAUCUUUUUUUUUCUUUUCUUUUUUUUGUUGCUACAAUGCUGUGACUUCUACAACCUUCCCUCUUUUCUGUAGCUCAUUUUUUGGGCAAGAUUGUUUAUUUUCAACCCAAUCGAAAAAGUGUUUCAAACAGCUGGGUAAUGCUACUCCAUUCCUCUUGCCUUUUGCAAUGUCAAUGUUGGGGAUUAAGAGAUCUGUGCUUUUGUUUUGUUUAGAUAUAACAAAAAGAAAAAUUCUCACAUAUAAAAGUCUCCCUUUAUAGAUAUAUUUAUUUUGAAGUUCUAUUUUAUAUAGUAUUUAUUUAGAUGCCAACUUUUUGUUUGUGAAGAAAGCUUAUGUCAAACAGAAUGUACAUUGACAA